CGGAAGCGCGCUGGGGUGACCUCACCGUCCAUCAUGGCGGCGGCGGUAGAUUAGGGCCGCGGGUCGAAGCAGCCACUGCCGCUCCGGGACCCUGUGGGAAGCACCUGCUGCAGCCGCCGCCUCCUUCAUUUCUUCUGGGACACGACCGGUGCCAGAUUUCCGACAUCCUUAAAUAGGCCUCUUUGGAGCUCCUUCAGCGAGUUCAAUGGCGUCCUCUACUCCUGUGCCUGUAGGAUUUCACUAUGAAACGAAGUAUGUUGUUCUCAGCUACUUGGGACUUCUCUCUCAGGAGAAACAAGAAGGCCCCUCACCCCAAGGUGAUGUAACCCCACAGUCUCUGGACCCAGAAGUUUUAUUAAAAGUUAAAUCUGAGAUUGAAGAAGAACUCAAAUCCUUGGACAAAGACGUCUCUGAAGCCUUCACCAGCACAGGCUUUGACUGUCACACCUCACCAGUGUUUAGCCCAGCUAACCCCGAAAGCUCAAUAGAAGACUGCUUGGCCCAUCUUGGAGAAAGAGUGUCCCAGGAGCUGAAAGAGCCUUUGCAUAAAGCAUUACAAGUGAUUCUCAGCCAGCCACUGACGUAUCAGGCCUACCGCGACUGCACAGAGGAGACUGCAGCUCAUACUGGCGGAUGGAAUAAGGUUUUGGUGCCUCUAGUUUUGCUACAACAAAUGCUUUUGGAAUUGACACGACGCGGUCAAGAGCCCCUGAGCACACUGCUGCAGUUUGGCGUGACCUAUCUGGAGGAUCAUGCAGCGGAGUUCAUCGCGCAGCAAGGUGGCUGGGGCACUGUCUUUAGCCUUGAGUCUGAGGAGGAAGAAUACCCGGGAGUCAUUGCAGAAGAUAGUAAUGACAUUUAUAUCCUGCCUAGUGACAACUCCGGACAGGUCAGUCCCCCAGAGUCCCCAACGGUGACCACAUCUUGGCAGUCUGAGAGCCUACCUGUCUCGCUGUCUGCUAGCCAGAGUUGGCACACAGAAAGCCUCCCGGUCUCUCUCGGGCCUGAGUCCUGGCAGCAGAUUGCCAUGGACCCGGAAGAAGUGAAGAGCUUGGACAGUAGCGGGGCUGGGGAGAAGAGCGAGAACAACUCCUCUAACUCCGACAUCGUGCACGUGGAGAAGGAGGAGGUGCCCGAGGAGGCGUUCCCGGAAGCUGCCGCUCCCUUGCUCCCACAGAUCACCACCAAGGAAGCCUCCGAAAUGAGAGUUGAGAAAGCCAGCCCCACUCCAUCUGUGUUUGUGGAGUUUGGUGAGGAGGAGCUGGAAGCAGCAGCGGCAGCAAGACCUGCUGCCUUGGAGGGGGCGGAGUCGGCCGUCCAGCUGAGUGCAGAGGGGGCUGGGGGCAGGAAAGAGAGCCACACUGGGGAGGCCGCUGCUGCCGGGGUAGCCAAGAGUGCCAUGCCCAUUGAGGGCAAGGCUGUACUGCUAUUUGGAGGGGCUGCUGCAGUGGCCAUCCUAGCUGUGGCAGUUGGAGUUGCAUUGGCUCUAAGGAAGAAGUAACAGCUUUUCAGACGAGAAAGCAGACAAAAGGACCUGCGGCUUUAGUUGUAUUCACUGGAACAUAGACUGCCAACGGCUGGCUGGACACUGGCAGGACACUGGGGGAGCUGGCUUGACACAGAGUGUUCACACUGGCCUGGUUGUCAUCCUGAGGGCCUUGGUGCACACCACAUUCGGCAGGGUAAGAGUGCAGUUCCCGUCUAGGACAGGCCUGAGCACCCUUACCUCUCAGUAAUUCUCUGUAGGAGGCUGCCCUGUGCGCAUAAUGAUCGGGAACAGCCCUGGCUUCCAUCUAGACGCCAGUGGCACCCCACUCCAGGAAGGACAGCCAAAAAUGUCUCCUACAUUGCCAAAUGUCCACUGUGGGCAAAGUCAUUCCCUGUUGAGGGCCACUGCUUUAAGGGAUAGGGUACAAUUAAGAGAAUGUGGGGGAGGAAGCUGCAGCUGGGGACAGCCAGCUGUUCAUCUUGUUGCAGUUUCUCGUUUUUGCCGGUUUCCCAUUCUGCAGCGUGAGGUGCUCUUGCAUUGCACCACCUCUCAGGUGCUGCAGCAGUGUGGCUCACCCUGCACCCUUCCCACCCAGCAAACCCCCGAAGCCUCCCUGGCUCCAUCUUUCAAAGAUGCUGCCGCUAGGAACUGCUUAAAAGAUAAAUACCCAGGCCAGGUGUGGUGGCACCAUCUGUAAUCCCAGUAUAUAGGAAGCAGAGGCAAGGAGAUUUAGCACGAGUUCAAAGCUAGCCUGGUAUACAUACUGAGUUUGAGACCAGCCAGGACUGCAUGCUGAAACCUUGUUCCAAGAGAUUAAUGUGUUAGAGCCGUGUAGGAGACUUGAGGUGUCCUAGUGUGAUUACCAGUGCAGGUUACAGGCUGUGGUCAUUGUUCUUAGAGGCAGGAAGGCAGUCUACACAGCCUGUCCGGGUCUGCUGGACCUCUUACACGUGUGGCCAACCACCCCACAUGUCCAUGACACCUGAUGGCAUUUGCAUCAUCUAGGACCCUGGGUUAGUAUUUCCCAGUACCUGACCUUGGUCUUUGGAACACCAUCAGCUUCCCGGGGGGUCUCCUGCCAUGUAGGAAGCAGUGUCAUUGUUUGGCUACAGAAAGUUGGAGCAUAACCCUUAUUCAAUGUAAAUCAUUGAAAUAAAUGAUAAAAUUUUAUCAUUUACUAUUAGGUAUCACUUAAUGAAAAGUGGGACAGAAACUUGAAUUUAAGACCAAGACUGCUGCUCAGGUGCUGUUUGGUCUUCAGAGUUCAAGAGGAGACCUCUUGGCCUGAACUCUGGUCAGCCCGACGCCAGGGUGACAGACCAAGAGGCCCCUAUGCACUCACUCACCUGUACUUAGUGGGACUCAGCAGGGUCUUCUGUCAUUUGGCUGACCCCAUCCCUCAAGGAGGGGUGGAACCUGACCCUGUCAUGCCUGGGGGCCACAGUGCCACCUGCAAGGCUCACGUGCUUGGUAAGAAGUCUUCUCAGAUUUAACUUAGUCAUGUAACAUUACACUUCUUAGAUUCUGAAAUUUAUAAUAAAAAUAAUUUUAACUA